CACCCCUUACACCUCCUCCUCCUCCUCCUCCUCCUCCACCUCCACCACCUACUCCACCCUGGCGCGCUCCUGGAGCCACAGCAAUGUUUGCGGAUAUCGGCGCCGGCUGCGUGCUGCUCCUCGCUGGACGUCUGCGCCUCUGAAGGCGCGCGAGUUCAACUUCUCCACAACUCCGACGCGCGCGCGCGCGGAUCCCGGUAGAGUAGAGACGCCGUAAAGCCACCAGUCCACCUCCACCCCCCUCCCCCUCCCCGGAGCGGCUCACCUUCACGGCCAGACCCAUGGAAUAAUCACUAUGGAAUACCACUGCGUCCUGCUGCUGUCUGUGUGUCUGCAGCUGACCUUCCGUCCAGGCGACAACAAGCCCACCAUCACCCCCGCCGGCCCCCACCUCGUCGCCCCGCUCAACGCGCCCUUCGAGCUGCGUUGCCAGGGCGACAAGGAGAUGCUGUGGCAGCGGGAGGACCGGCGGAAGGUGCGCGGCGAGAAGAAGAUGGCCGGGGCGUCCACGCUGCGCGUCGCCAGGGCCCAGCCCGUCCACAUGGGGCGCUACAUCUGCCUGGAGGAGAGUACCAAGGAGCAGACCUCCAUCUACGUCUACGUGAAAGAUCCCGACAACCCCUUCAGGAAAUCCAUCGUGUCCAACAUCCUCACCCGGGUGGGCGACCACGUCUCCAUCCCAUGCCUGGCGUCGGAUCCGAGACUGGACCGCCUGAGCCUGGAGACCUGCUCCGGCAGACCUCCGGCCCCCGGCCUCCGGUUCACCGCCAGCCUGGAGGGCGGCAUCGACAUCCGGGACGCCCAAAAGGCGUUCGAGGGAUGCUACGUCUGCACGGGGAGACUCGGCCGGGAGGGCGUCCGCUCGCGAGACUACUACCUGACAGUGAGGCCAGUCCCCGUCGCUCGUCCCGUGAUCGAGAUGCAGGCGACCAGAAGAGUGAUUCUCACGCGGGACGAGAGCCUCUCGCUCACCUGCAACACCACCAACGUCAACGCCGAAAUCAAGCUCAAGUGGGUCACCCCCCCUGGCUCGCAACCAGCAAAGGUUGACGGUGCUUCGCGCAUCCUGACGGAGAACUUCAACCACGCGCGCAGCACCAUGCUGCACAUCGCGGCCGUCGGCCACCAGGACGCCGGGAGCUACCGGUGCGAAGCCCAGAAUGAGAAAGGGGUCAGCUCGCAGUCGACGUGGCUCGACGUUUAUGAGAGAGGAUUCAUCCACUUGGAUCCCAUGACCAACGAGACGAUCCACGUGCGGUCGGGCGAGAGCCUGACGCUGGACGUGGACAUGGAGGCGUACCCCAAGCCGCGCAGCUUCUCCUGGAGCUUCAUGGGCUGCGAGCUGAGGAACACCACGGACCACGUCAUCAGCACGCACGGCCACGAGUACAGGUACAGCAGCGAGCUCCGGCUGGUGCGCCUGAAAAUGUCAGAGGGCGGAGUUUACACCUUCCAGGCCUCCAACGGCGACGCUUCAGUGAACCACACCUUCACCAUCUUCGUCAUCAGUAAACCGGAGAUCGUGUCUCACGAGGGUCCGGUGGACGGACAGGUGCGCUGCGUGGCCGAGGGCUUCCCCGCCCCCCAGAUCACCUGGUACUACUGCGAGCAGCCCUACGCCAGGUGCUCCCAGCAGGUGAACGCCACCCAGGAGGAGCACAACGUCAUCACCGUCACGCUGUUCAGCCCGUUGUUCGGCAAGACGGAGGUGGAGAGCCGCGUGAACGUGAGCCGCGGCCGCUACAGCACGCUGGAGUGCGUGGCCACGGUGGAGGGGGAGCAGGCCUACACACUGUUCUCCAUCAGCGAGAGAACCGUUCCCCACGACCUCUUCACCCCUCUGCUCAUCGGCUCCGUGUCGGCGGCCGGCAUCCUCUGCCUCGUGCUCAUCACGCUGUUCUACAAGUACAUGCAGAAACCCAAAUACCAGAUCCAGUGGAAAGUUAUCGAGGGCAUCCACGGAAACAACUACGUGUACAUCGACCCCACCCAGCUGCCGUACGACCACCAGUGGGAGUUUCCGCGAAACAACCUUCGUUUUGGGAAGACGUUGGGAUCCGGCGCCUUCGGGAAGGUGGUGGAGGCCACGGCGUACGGGCUCUCCGAGGCGGAUUCGGUCACGACGGUGGCCGUGAAAAUGCUCAAAUCUAGCGCUCACGCCACGGAGAAGGAGGCGCUGAUGUCGGAGCUGAAGGUCCUCAGUUACUUGGGCAACCACAUGAACAUCGUCAACCUGCUGGGAGCCUGCACUGUUGGAGGCCCCACCCUGGUGAUCACGGAGUACUGCUGCUUCGGCGACCUCCUCAACUUUCUGCGCCGGAAGAGGGAAUCCUUCAUCUGCCACAAGCUGGAGGAAGACUGCUAUUACCGCAACGUGGCGCCGCACAGCGACGCAGCCGGUAACAGCUUGAGCGGCUACAUGACCAUGAGGCCUUCUGCCGCCGGCAAGCUGCCGUUCGGCUCGUCUUCCGAGAAGAGACGCUCGCUUCGCAAAGGUGGCUCCGAUGAGGAAGAUGAGGAGAGCGAGAUGUUCGACGAGGAUGGUCUGUCUCUUGACACCGAAGACCUCCUCAGCUUCUCACACCAAGUGGCCAAAGGCAUGGAGUUCUUGGCCGCCAAAAACUGCAUCCACAGAGAUCUGGCCGCCAGAAAUAUCCUCCUGACUCAAGGACGGGUAGCAAAGAUCUGUGAUUUCGGCCUCGCCCGAGACAUCAACACGGACUCCAACUACGUCGUGAAAGGCAACGCCCGCCUCCCGGUGAAGUGGAUGUCUCCAGAGAGCAUCUUCGAGUGCGUCUACACCUUCGAGAGCGACGUGUGGUCCUACGGCAUCCUGCUCUGGGAGAUCUUCUCUCUCGGAAACAGCCCGUACCCCGGCAUGGCCGUGGACGCCAAGUUCUACAAGCUCAUCAAAGAAGGAUCCAGGAUGGACGCGCCGGAGUUCGCCCCCGGAGAAAUGUACCAGGUGAUGAGGUCGUGUUGGGACGCCGACCCCUUCAACCGGCCGCCCUUCAGGAAGGUCGUGGAGCGCAUCGAGCAGCAGCUGACGGACGCCACCAAGCACAUCUAUCUGAACUUUAGCCCCAGGCUUCCCGUGACGCCGCGCCCCGGCGAGGAGCCCGGGUCGCUCCGCCGCCUCGACGCCGCUCCACCCAGCGCGACCCGGCCCCUCCUGGUCCAGCACGAGGUCUUCCUGGAGGGCCCGACCCUCCGCGCCCACCGGGUGUGAGGACCCCCCCCCCCCGGGCUGCCUCGUAAAGUGCCUGUGAAAACAAACACAACCAUCAGAACCUCGGCGACAGCGGCGAUUUGUUGUCGCCGGGUAGAUUUCAUCCAUUGCCCCGAAAAACUCCUGACUCCUCCUGGGAGCUGACAGGGGGGGGGGGGGACUCCUGCAGAGGACUGUUCGGGCACCCUUGGGUGCAGCGGUGGAGGGACGGCGACCCGUUCGGAAAGACGGUCGCAUUGUUUUAUCCGGUUCCGUUUGUCCUUCACGUUUCAUGAAGGUCGUUCGCUUUCUUUCGAUUCAUCGCAAAAAGAUCUUGAUACUGUUUUUUCUGAUAUUUAUUUAGCUUGUUUUUUGUUGUUGUUGUUGUUGUUUUUCUUCGGCCAUUGCAAUCGUUGGAGGAAACGCCUCGAGGCACAAACACACAACGCCGUUUUGGUUUUUCUUCUUCUUUUUUUUAACUCUUUUAUUGUCAGUAUUAUUUCCAACUGUUCAGAUCCGUGUCGAUAUGAAGGAGAGACAACUUCUUUUUUCUGGGGGCCAAUUUUGAGUUUAGGAAUGAAGACGCAGGUGUGUGAGUACAGCAGGAAACACACACCUGCUCUCUGAUGUCAACUACUGCAUCUGUUCACACGCACACACACACACACACACACACACACACACACACACUGGUCUUCAGAGGUCUGUCGACUGACUGCUGGAGAGUUCUCUUGUAAAAGUGUAAAUAACUGUUUGUGGUCUUUGUUUACAAGCAUGAGAUAGGUACUGCCACUGAGUUUAUGUUCUUUCUCCUCCUCCUCUUCUUCACCUCCUCCUCCUCCUUCAUUCUGCUUCGGCUGACGGAUUAAAUUAAGAGCGUCGUGCUUUUUGAUGGACAUGACGUCACCUGUUGGUUUGAAGCCUCGAGCUCAACAGGAAGUGACGAUGUCUGGACUGAGCCGCCCACGUCUCUGUCAACCUGUCAAUCACCUUAAGCCCCGCCCCUAAAGCGUCCCCUGCUUUACGGUCUGUGUGACUCUACAGACCAUAAAGUAUAAAUGAUGACAUCAUGCUGUAUAGAAGAAGACUAGAAACUAGAGACUGAGACAUAAACUCAUGUUUACAAUGUUUACUGAGGGAAUACAUCAAGAGAGAAGUAGAGUCACUAUAGAGACUUCUAUACAACCAGAGGAGCCCCCUGGUGGUCAGGAGAGAGAAUUCAGCUUCAACACAUGAAGAAUAUACUUCUAUACAACCAGAGGAGCCCCCUGGUGGUCAGGAGAGAGAAUGCAGCUUUAACACAUGAAGCAUAGACUUCUAUACAACCAGAGGAGCCCCCUGGUGGUCAGGAGAGAGAAUGCAGCUUUAACACAUGAAGCAUAGACUUCUAUACAACCAGAGGAGCCCCUUGGUGGUCAGGAGAGAGAAUGCAGCUUUAACACAUGAAGCAUAUACUUCUAUACAACCAGAGGAGUCACCCCCUGGUGGCCUUUAGAAACAAUGCAGGUUUAAGAAGCGUUGUUUCCAGAUCAUUACGACCCCCCCCCCCCAGGUGGUGAAGAGCACCGGGCAAGUGUCCUUUGAAUGAAUGCGUGUGUGUGUGUGUGUGUGUGUGUGUGUGUAGGUGUGUGUGUGUAUGUGUAUGUGUGUGUGUGUGUGUGUUUGUGUAUGUGUGUUUGUGUGUGUGUGUGUGUGUUUGUGUAUGUGUGUGUGUGUGUGUGCAUGUGUGUGAACUGCAGCAUUACAUAUAGAUAGUGUCGAGGUGCCACUACUACGGACCCUCGCGUGGUCCGGGCGACUAGAGGCCCAGAGACCAGGACCAGAGACCAAGACCAGAGACCAAGACCAGAGACCAAGACCAGAGACCAAGACCAGAGACCAGGACCAGAGACCAGGACCAGAGACCAAGACCAGAGACCAGGACCAGAGACCAAGACCAGAGACCAAGACCAGAGACCAAGACCAGGACCAGAGACCAAGACCAGAGACCAGAGACCAGGACCAGAGACCAGGACCAGAGACCAAGACCAGAGACCAGGACCAGAGACCAAGACCAGAGACUAGAGACCAGAGACCAAGACCAGAGACCAAGACCAUAGACCAGGACCAGAGACCAAGACCAGAGACUAGAGACCAGAGACCAGGACCAGAGACCAAGACCAGGACCAGAGACCAGGACCAGAGACCAGGACCAGAGACCAGGACCAGAGACCAAGACCAGAGACCAGAGACCAGGACCAGAGACCAGGACCGCGUCGGCGCUCCGUGUAAAUAUGAAUGUUUAUGUAAAGAAGUGACGUUGACACUCUGAAGACGUUCAUCGCCGUGACGACGUGGUCCAUGGAUGCAGAGUUUUAUUUUGCCGUAUUUUCUUCACGUGUGCACAAGAUAUUCCCAACUGUUGGUUCAACUUGGGGGGGGGGGGGGUAUAAAAAAGCUGCUUACGUCUCCGUCACCAUGGUAACUUAAACGGAAGAGAUUACACUUCGGGUAGAUUUUUGGCUGAUUCAUAAUUUUUAAGCAGUUCACUUGGGCCGACCGCCUCGUCCAUAAUAAAUCAUCUUUUUUUUUUUUUUUACUGAUAUUGACGGGAUUAUUGAACACGUCUGAUAUCAGUAAAAACAUUAAAAUAAAAAUUGUUUGUCAUUUCAUCGCUCCCCUAAGUGUUUCUCCUGCAUUUUGCUCCAUAUUUAUUGAACCUGAGGCGUUAGUGUUCCUGUCAUGUUGAUGUUGUCGUUGUAAAUAAAAUUGUGUAUAUUGAAUUCCCAAAUGAAA